AUGGCUCCUCCUCCACGUUUGCGCAUUCUGUCCGUUGGUGGCAAUGCGAUUUCUGCCUUCCUCUCAUGGCGACUGCAGGCGACAACCUCCUGCGAUGUGACUUUGGUCUGGAAAUCAGGCUUUGACGCUGUAUCACAAUAUGGUGUCUCAUUCAAAUCCAAAGCAUUUGGCAACGAGCGAUUUAAGCCCCGACAUGUCGUUCGUGCUCCCGAAGAGGCUUCCUCUCGCGAAAAUGCCUACGACUAUGUGAUUCUCUGCGUCAAGGCCCUGCCCGAUGUCUACGAUCUGGCUUCGGUCAUCGAAUCCGUGGUCACUCCCCAACACACAUGUAUCCUUGUUAACACCACAAAUACCCUUGGCAUUGAGGCCCAUCUCGAGCAACGGUACCCAACCAACGUCAUCCUUUCUCUUGUCUCCAACGUGGAAAUCUCCCAGACCGGCCCCAGCGAGUUCGAGCACCUAAGCUCGAGCGAGAUCCAUGUGGGCGCAACAAACAAACAAACCUCCAUUCCUACCUCCAUCCAGAAUGACAUGGCUGCCGCAUUGGCGAUGACCCUGAACUCUGGUCAGGUCGACUGCAAGGUCUCGGAGAAUAUUCGCCAGGAGCAAUUCGAACGAAUGAUUGGCCCGAUCGCGUUCCACCCCGCCAGCGUACUGUUCGAAACCCCCAACCACACACAACUUCUUGAGAAGACCGGCGUUCGCCAAGUCGUAACAGGCAUCAUUGAUGAGUUGAUGGAGCUUGCCUCUGCCCAGGGCUGCUCAUUCCCUAGCGAGUUUCGGGCGAAGACGAUCGAAAAGAUGACCGCCACGGAUGCUCCGACCACAAUGUACCAGGAUUUCCAGGCCCGGCGCCCGAUAGAGAUUGAGACUUUCCUUGGAUCCCCGAUUAAGCUGGCCCUCGAGUCCAACACUCGUGUGCCCCGGAUCGAAUCCCUGUACGCAAUGCUGCAUCACGCCAAUAUUGUCAAUCAGAGCAAGCCCCGACAGGAAUCUCCACCUGCAUCAGUAAUGGGCCAACCCCCGCCACGAUUGUCUUCCGCUCCUCAGCAGCGCCCCAUGAUGAACGGCGGACCUAUGAAUGGUGGACCCCCACCCAUGCGAGCCAGCCGCACACCCUCCGGCAUGGGUAUCCCUCAACAAAGACGUGGCCCACCCCCAGGCAUGAUGCGUGGACCUCCCCCAGGUGGUCCAAUGGGACCCAACCGAAUGCCACGCGACCCAUCAUUGGAGGGGCUCGAAGAGUUCAGCCAUUUGGUGGUAUACGACGAGUCCGGCGAGAGCAUCCCACACCAGAAUGGCAAUGGUGCUCUUGAGCCUGGAGCGGCACCAGUAUCGGAUAUAGCAUUGCGGGAGCGGGAGUUGGCUCUUCGUCAACGGGAGCUGCAGAUCCGGGAACAGGAGAUGGGCAUGCGCCGGGGUCCCCCUGGCCCUGCACGCCGUGGACCGCCUUCCCGGGCCCCGACAGCAUUUGAUGAAGAGGACGAGGAUUACUUCGACCCCAUGGACGGCAUGGCCAUCCCUCACAUUGACCCCGACAGCGUCGACAUGAUGAGCAUGACUUCCCGCCGUGGCCGCAAGGGCCCUACUCACAGUCAAUUCCGCAAAAACCCCGAGUUCUCCAUCUCCGCACCUCCCAGCCGCCCCUCCUCAUCAGCCUUCGGACGGUACUUUGGCAGGAAGCGCGCGAGCGAUCGCGUGAUGCAGGAAAUUCCGGGUCUUCACGAUUCCCUCAUGGACAACCCGAUGAUGAGCUACUCUUCCAACAGAUAUGGUGCCGUUGACCGAAACCAGAUGAGCAUGGACUCCAGAGCCAACUCCCUCACGGCCAGCCACAUGGGUGACUACCCACCGAGGCCCUUCCCUACGAGCCGGCGUAACAGCCAGUCCCCCGGAACUCCCCUCGGCGGACCCCCAGGACCUUCCGGACCCCAUGGCCCUCCAGGACCAGGCCCCCGAAUGGGUCGCCCCCCAACCGCACAUGAUCACAGCUUUGGACCCCCUAACGGACCUCACGGUCAACCUUCGCCCCCUGGUAACAUGCGAACGCCGGUGCCGCGGUAUCCUCCUGGACAGGGAAACGCGGUAGGGCCGCAGCAAGUUGAACAACACUAUGGGGUGAGCAAUACGUUUCCUACCAAGGGUCCUCUUAAAAACAAAAGUCUGACCGGAAGUGCGAGCGCCAGCGCGGAGAGUGGUGAUAGUGGAGCGAGCGCGAACCUCGAUUCUGAACCUUCAUCUCACAGCAGUCAAGUCAGCCUGGGUCCGGGAGUCGCAGCACCUGUUCGCUGA